AUGGAAGGGAGAUGCCAGGGAGCUGGGGUGGGCGAAUACUAUUCUCGUUGCGAGUUGGAGAAGGCAGGGACCAAAAAUGUAACUAUUUCAAAUGCUCAUGUGACCGUUGGAGGACCACAGACGACACGACUAGCUCACGAAACGCUUAUGCGUGACUACUUUGUUGAAAACCCAAAGUUUGGCCCGGUUUGGUUUCGUGAAAGAUUUCAAAUGAGUCAAAGGUUGUUUUUAAAGAUUGUUAGUGAUAUUGAGCAACGUUUGGUUUACUUUCAAAAGCGUGUAGAUCGGUCGAGGAGAAAAAGUUUAGCUGCCAUACAAAAAUGCACAUUCGUGGUGGAACAACUCGGAACGAGCAACCCUCCGGAUAACUUUGAUGACUACUUGUGCAUGGCAGGGAGAACUUCUCGCGAAAGCCUUGAUCAUUUUUGCAGCGCGGUCAUCGAGGUCGCUCAACGAUAUCAAUAUCUUGAAUCAAUCGACAUUGUAUAUGAGGGCCGUCGUUACAAACGGGGCUACUAUGUUACCGAUGGAAUCUAUCCUAGGUGGGAGACUCAUGUCAAGGCAAUGCCAUAUCUGACUGAACCAAAUGACAAGAAGUUCAAGAAAGUACAAGAAUCGGCAAGAAAGGAUGUAGAGCGAGCGUUUGGUGUUUUGAAAAGAAAAUGGGGGAUUUUGAGUCGGCCAAUGCGAGCGAUGACAGUCGACAAGAUUACUAACAUCGUGCACGUGUGUAUUAUAUUGCACAACAUGAUUCUAAAGGAUGAUGGAAGAGCAAUGUCACCGGUUCGUUGUAUGGAUACGGGAGUUCAAGUGGUUUAUAACCACGAUGCAGUAGAUGAAAUAGAACAUGAAGAGGUUCAUCAUCGUCUUCGAUAUGAUCUUACAGAGCACGUUGGGAGACUAAAUUUAUCUCAUCUCGACGACCCGACGGCUCAACCAACAUCGAUUGCCGAGUUAUUUAUGUAG